AUGAGUGAUCGAGAUUAUUUACCUUUAUCAGCUACAUUAGUGAAAACAUUAACUGAUAAAUUAUAUGAAAAACGUAAAACAGCUGCACUUGAGAUUGAAAAAAUGGUACGAGAAUUAAUAGCUGUUCAAAAUUAUGAACAAAUUGAACGAAUUUGUAAAAUACUCAGUGAACAAUUUGUUUUAUCACAAAAUGGAAACUUUCGUCGUGGUGGUUUAAUAGGUAUUGCAGCAUUAGCAAUAGCAUGUGGCAAAGAAGCGCAAAGAUUUAAAUCAUAUCUUGUACCACCUGUUUUACAAUGUUUUCUUGAUAAUGAUCCAAAAGUUCGAUAUUAUGCAUGUGAAUCAUUGUAUAAUAUAGCAAAAGUUCUUCGAACAGUAACACUUUCUUAUUUUAAUGAAAUAUUUGAUUGCCUUUCGAAACUUGUAUGCGAUCUUGAACCAACAGUAAAAAGUGGAGCUGAACUUUGUGAUCGUUUAUUGAAAGAUAUUGUAAUUGAAACAUGCACUCAAUUUGAAGUUAUUGCUUUUAUUCCACUUUUGCGUGAACGAAUUUACGUUCGUAAUGCAUUUACUCGACAAUUUAUUGUUUCUUGGGUAUCUCUGCUUACAUCAGUACCAGAAUUUGAUAUGGUGCAAUAUUUACCAGAAAUUAUGGAUGGUUUAUUUCAUAUUUUAGGUGAUCCUAAUCCAGAAAUUCGUAAAUCUUGCGAGAUAUUAUUUAGUGAAUUUUUAUCUAUUUUAAAAACAUCUCAAGUUCAACCAGAUAUGUUUGAAGAUAUGACUCGAAUUUUAAUACAAAAUAGCCAAUCAUCAGACGAUUUAAUUCAAUAUACAGCAUUACAUUGGCUACGCGAAUUUCUUAAUAUGUCGAAAUGUCAUCAAGUACUUUUACCUCAUUCAGCUGGAUUAUUAUCAGCUGUACUUCCAUGUUUUUCAUAUGAUGAUGAUAGCCGUCAAAAUAUCCUUUUCUUUUGUUGA